CCCCGGCUGAGCUGGCUGCGGCUCGGCGGUGCCGGCCCGGUUGCCCAGGGAACGGGCUCCCGGCAGGCCCUGCGGCCCGGAGUGCGUCCCCACCUCCUCCGGGCGCGCCGGGCCGAGAAUCCCGGAGGGGUUUGCCGCGGCAGCCUCCAGGUUUCCCUAGAUGCUAAGUAAAAUAUUCCUCUUCUGGCCUGAAGAUCAUCUGUGGGAACCUUGGCCAUGGCAUCAAUAUCAGAGCCAGUUACAUUCAGAGAGUUCUGCCCUUUGUACUAUCUCCUCAAUGCCAUUCCCACAAAGAUCCAGAAGGGAUUCCGCUCUCUUGUGGUCUACCUCACAGCCCUUGACACCAAUGGAGACUACAUUGCUGUGGGCAGCAGCAUUGGCAUGCUCUAUCUGUACUGCAGGCACUUCAACCAGAUGAAAAAGUACAACUUUGAGGGGAAAACAGAGCCCAUCACGGUGGUGAAGCUGCUGAGCUGUUUUGAUGACCUUGUGGCUGCAGGCACAGCCUCUGGGAGGGUUGCGGUUUUUCAGCUUGUGUCGUCAUUGCCCGGGAGAAAUAAACAGCUGCGAAGAUUUGAUGUCACUGGUAUUCAUAAAAAUAGCAUAACAGCCCUGGCUUGGAGCCCCAAUGGAAUGAAACUGUUCUCUGGGGAUGACAAAGGGAAAAUUGUCUAUUCUUCUCUGGAUCUAGACCAGGGUGUCUGUAACUCCCAUUUGGUGUUAGAAGAGCCGUCUUCAAUUGUGCAGUUGGACUAUAGCCAGAAAGUGCUGCUUGUCUCUACUCUGCAAAGAAGUCUGCUUUUUUACACCGAGGAAAAGUCUGUCAAGCAAAUUGGAACUCAGCCAAGGAAAAGCACUGGGAAAUUUGGUGCUUGUUUUAUACCAGGACUUUGUAAGCAAAGUGAUCUAACCUUGUAUGCAGCCACCAUUGCUGGUUUGGAAGGCUCAGGUGACAUUGUGUCGGUUUCCUGCACAGAAAAUGAAAUAUUUUUCUUAAAGGGCGACAGGAACAUUAUAAGAAUAUCGAGCAGACCUGAAGGACUAGCAUCAAUAGCACGAGACAGGCUGGAGACAACAGGGUGCGCAGAGCAGGCCCACGUGCAGCGUGUGGAGAAGCCUUCAGGGGCCACGGUUUCUGAGACGAGGCUCAGAGGCUGUUCCGUGGCCAGCGAGCCAAGGAGCAGGAGCAGCUCGCUCAACCCCACCGACAGCGGCUCCGGGCCCCAGGCAGCGCCCGGGCUGGGCAAGGGGAGCCAGCCCGCCUCGCAGCGAUUCAGUGCGAUUAGCUCAGAAGACUUCGACCAGGAGCUUGUGGUGAUGCCUCUCAAAGUGAGAAAGAAGAGGAGGAGGAAGACAGAAGGCAGAAGAAGCAGGAACACCUGCCACAGCUCCCUUGAAUCAACUCCCUGCUGUGAGUUUCCUGGUGACAGUCCCCAGUCCCUGAACGCAGACCUUCUGUCCUUGACCUCAAGUUUGGGCAGCAUUGUGGAUCGGUGGAGCACAGAGUCUCCUGACCAGGAGAGCAACUUCAGUGGUGAGGUGAAUGGGGUCCUGCAGGAAAAUAAUGACCCUGAGGACACCUUUAGUGUACUGGAGGUACCUGAGCCCACCCCUGACUCGCUGAAUGAAGGGAAAGACAAUAGAGCUGAAAGCCUGCCACUUACCUGCACAGGGGAGCCGGGGCCGCACAGCGGGGUGCUGAGCCCACCCUCACCACCGAGGGGAGACUUGGAGGGGAGCAGCGUCACAGCACGCGAAGAGGAGCGCUGUCGUGAGAGCGGUGGGCCAGAGAGCAGCCCCUUGCCCUGCCGAGACCACAGCGGCUCUGCUGAGACCUGGGAGGUGCGGGCUGCAGAACCUGAUGGCCCUCAAGCCCCACUCCUGGACUCAGCCCUGGUGCCUUCCAGCCUCCGUUGGGCCCCCAGUGCUGAGCAGUGGCUGCGGAGGACCAGAGCUGAUGAAGGCAGCGCUGAGGAGCCCAGCCAAGCGCAAGGCUUCCAGAGGCAUGCAGGGGCCCCUGGCCGCCUCAGCUCAAUUCCCUGGCGCACUGUCGAAGACAGUGCCACAGGGCAAAAGGAAAUGGUCAUUUCUGAUUAUGACUUGGAGAGUGUGGCAGGGCGAGUGACAACCCUGGCCUCUGCCUUGGCAGCCAAAACCCAUGAGCCUUGGCUUGAGCAGCCUUCCCGGGAACAGGUGUUGACAUCCAGUGACGAGGAGGACAUCUAUGCCCACGGGCUGCCCUCUUCAUCCUCGGAGACGAGUGUGACAGAGCUCAGCAGUGGUCGCUCCCUGCAGGACCUGAGCCGUCCAGGCACGGAGGACCCCGGGCUGCUGAAGGCAGACCAGUUUGCAGAAAGCUGGAUGGGCUACUCUGGUCCUGGCUGCGGCAUCCUCAGCCUGGCGGUCUCUGAGAAGUACAUUUGGUGCCUGGACUACAAAGGCUGUCUGUUCUGCAGUGCCCUGCCUGGUGCUGGGCUGCGCUGGCAGAAGUUUGAAGAAGCCGUCCAGCAGGUGGCAGUCUCGCCCUCAGGAGCCCUUCUCUGGAAGAUUGAGCAGAAAUCUAACCGAGCUUUUGCUUGUGGGAAAGUGACCAUCAAGGGGAAGCGGCACUGGUAUGAAGCUCUGCCCCAGGCAGUGUUUGUGGCCCUGAGUGAUGACACAGCCUGGAUCAUCAGGACAAAUGGGGACCUGUACCUGCAGACAGGUCUCAGUGUGGAUCGUCCCUGUGCCAGAGCUGUGAAGGUCGAUUGUCCCUACCCGCUGUCCCAGGUCACAGCCCGAAACAAUGUUGUGUGGGCGCUGACGGAGCAGAGAGCCCUCCUCUACCGGGAGGGCGUGAGCAGCUUCUGCCCUGAGGGGGAACAGUGGGCAUGUGACAUCGUCAGUGAAAGGCAGGCCUUAGAGCCUGUCUGUGUAACUCUUGGGGACCAGCAGACUCUGUGGGCUCUGGACAUCCGCGGAAACCUGUGGUUCAGAACUGGCAUCGUUUCCAAGACGCCCCAAGGAGAUGAUGACCACUGGUGGCAAGUAAGCAUCACAGACUACGUGGUGUUCGACCAGUGCAGCUUAUUCCAGACCAUAAUUCACGCCACACACUCAGUGGCCACAGCAGCCCAAGUGCCCGUCGAAAAGGUGGCAGAUAAAUUGCGCACAGCAUUUUGGUCCCAGCAGCUUCAGUGCCAGCCGAGCCUUCUAGGAGUCAACAACAGUGGUGUCUGGAUCUCUUCAGGCAAGAAUGAAUUCCAUGUCGCCAAAGGAAGUCUCAUCGGCACUUACUGGAGCCAUGUGGUUCCCCGUGGGACAGCUUCUGCGACAAGAUGGGCCUUUGUGUUGGCUUCCACUGCCCCCACAAAUGAAGGAAGCUCCCUGUGGCUCUGCCAGAGCAGCAAAGACUUGUGCAGCGUCAGCGCCCAGAAGGCCCAGUCGCGCCCCUCCACCCUGCAGUUGCCUCCUGACACGGAGAUGAGGGCAUACGCCGCCUGCCAAGACGCCCUGUGGGCCCUGGACAGCCUCGGCCAGGUGUUUAUCAGGACGUUGUCCAAGAGCUGCCCCACGGGCAUGCACUGGACGAGGCUGGACCUUUCCCAGCUAGGCGCUAUAAAGCUGACGAGCUUGGCAUGUGGAAAUCAGCACGUCUGGGCCUGCGAUUCCAGGGGUGGGGUAUACUUCCGAGUAGGGACCCAGCCUCUAAACCCCAGUCUGAUGCUCCCGGCCUGGAUAAUGAUUGAGCCACCUAUCCAGCCCACCGGGGUCACGUUGGUGAGCGUGUGUUCCAGCCCCAAUGACCAGAUGCUGUGGGCACUCGACAGCAGGUGGAAUGUGCACGUCCGAGCUGGGAUCACCGAGGAGAUGCCGGUGGGGACUGACUGGGAGCAUGUGCCAGGGCUGCAGGCCUGCCAGCUGGCUCUGAGCACCAGGACUGUGUGGGCCCGCUGUCCCAAUGGUGACCUUGCCCGACGGUAUGGCGUCACUGACAAGCGUCCGGCCGGAGACUACUGGAAGAAGGUCCCCGGGAACGUGACAUGCUUCACAGUAACCUCAUCAGAUGAACUGUGGGGAGUGGGGCCCCCCGGCUGCCUCCUCCAACGACUGACCAGGAGAUUCAGCCACUCGCACGGUGCCCAGAGCAGCCACGCCACCGCCCCCCACCCUGAGGACCUGGGGGACGAGUGGGAGGUCAUCUGAAGGGGCUCCCAGCAAAGCCGCUCCAGGGAGGAGGCUGAGAUGUGUGCUGCUGGGCACAGUGGUUCCCAGGUCACUCACUCUUGGACGCGCCUCAUCAGAUCCUGUCCAGACACGUCCGGCCAGGUUGGACACCCACACUGGCUUUCAUCCAUGUUUGCUUCCAUCUUAUUCCAGAACCCGCAGCCUUGGCUGAGGGACAUGGAGCCGUUGCUAUAACAGCAGCGCCUCUGACCUCUGGCAGGUCAUCUUGCAGUGGGCAGUGGCUGCUGCCAGCUGCACGCACUGCAGGUCCUCAGGCACUGCAGCUGUGCUCUGAGCACUGACCACUCCAGGCCCUCACGGGGGAUGGCAGCAGGGAGCCUCCUGUGGGCAGGACCAGCAGAGCAGGUCAAGGGGCACACCCGUGAGCCCUGCACACAGCCACAUUAGCAGCCCGGGGCUAAGGGAGCCAAAGGCCAAUGCUCUGCAGCCACUGACUGUCCCGUGGCAGCUUCAUCCCCAUCCCAGGGUCCCACCACCUCCUCUCUGAGGGACCCAGGUUCCAGCAUACACUCCAUGCUGGACACCUCAUUGAGAAACCCAGCUGUGUUUGAGAGGUGGGCGCUGAGCUGUGCUAGGGUGGGGAAUGCACCUGACCACAGACACCACAGCACACUGUUGCUGCCCGCCCCCGGCAGGGCGCCUCCUGGAGAACGCACUUCAGCCGAAACAGUAAAGGCCAGUGGAUGAGGUGGAAACACAGCAUGUGCACCCGUGUCCAAGGUGGGGCUGGCACAGGAAGGUGCCGCCAGGCCUGGGGGACCUUAGCCACGUUAGCUAACUUAGAAAUGCGUUUAGAGCGAUCCUCAGCUAACACCGGUGGACGUCAUAGAAAUCAAGAAGCAUCCUCGGGGGAUGAAUCUACUAAUUAUCGCCUUUUCUGUUUGUUGAAUUACAAACCUGCAUAAGAUACCUCAUUUGAAAUCAAAUCUUACAAAUUUAGAAAAGAAAUGUAUUUUCUGAAACUAGUGGAAGGCAUUUCAUUCCUCCCCAUGGUUUAUCCUGAGCCUGCAGUGUGUCUGCUGUGGCUUCAGAAAGGGUGGGCUACCCCCUGUGCCUGUCCUCAGCACGCAAGGCAGUCGUGGGACCUGCUGGCCACCUCCGAGUGGGCAGCGGCUGAUAGCCCCAGAAGGCUGAAGCUGGAGCCUGCUGUGUCAGCUCUGUGGCCACCUCAGGCACCAGGGCUUGGGGUCAGCCUGCACCACCCACGCUUCUGGCUGGCACCCGAGCCACAGCACCCCGCCGCCCAGCCACACAUCCCACCCUGAGCCUACCACCCCUCCCUCCAGAGGCCGCCCCAGAGCAGGGUCCUGCCUCGGGGCUUAUUUAAGCCUGCCCCUGGCCCAGGGCCUGUGCUGGGUGUCUACGUCCUGCUAAGCCAGUGUGUGCGAGAGCCCCCAGCACAGGUAAAGAACAAUAAAGUAUGUUCUGUGUCAGGACCUUGCCAGCCAUGAGACAGAGGUUUUCCAGGCCUAAAUGAGGACAAGAUGCUGGUUCCAGGCCUUCCAUCCCACUUCCCUGUUACAGAAUCAAUCUUUAAGGUUUGGUGAGAGCAGAGGCUGCCCCAGGAUGGCUGCAGCUCCUCUUCUGUGAAUGUUGUGCCUUGCCCGGCUGCUCUCAGAGGGCAGAGCCCUCCUGAACCCACAGGACGCUAGUGCAAUUAAACCCAAGUCUAGUUUGAUACUUUUAAACUACUUUUAGCUUCAGUGCUUUCUGCAGUUUUCUUUCUGGUUUUCAUUCUUAGCUGUACUUUGAGAGUCAACUAGGCUUUUUCCUAAGUGGUUGAGUCUGACGUUUGAACUGUGAGAAGGUGCGCUCUGCAGCACUCUUGAGGGCUGGUGUACCUGCCGUGCUGAGAGGGACUGCCCAUGGCAUUUGCCAGCCCAGCCCCAUUGCCAGGGCACAUCGGAUAGGAUUUUAUGACCUGGCUGGUGUCUCAGUGGACGUUCCCCAGCUUGUCCAUGGGGAGUGUUCACCACGGAAGUAGAAGUAGCUCCCAGUAGCCUCUGGGUAGGACACCCUCACGUGAGGCAGGGCACAGGGCUUCUCAAGGAGGCCAAGCCGCCAUAGGCAGGCUUCAGAAGGGUUCAGGCCCCUGAGUCUAAGUCUCCAUCCAAAACACAAAACCACCAGAAGUGCCCUACUGGAAACUGACAUGCGGAAAAAGACCAUUCCUAACAGAAGCAGGACGCGCCACGUACCAGGAAACAACCUGAGCAAGAAAUGCCAACUUGUGUCAAGAAGUGGCCAAGCUUUGCAGAAGACGUGGAAGAAAACUUGCAUGGAGGAAGAUGUGCCCACCCUUCCUAAAGAAGACCAGUAUGUUGUGCACAGACGUCAGGCCUCUCCAAAGGGAUGAAUGGGCUUCACUAAGGUGUCAAAAUCCCUCCUGGAAUUUUGUUGAGGAGAGACUGGGAGAAAUUAAAAAUAUAAUGUUCAUGUUCACAAACACCCCCUCAACUGUGCCAGACAUGCUGCUAGGGUCUCGUUGUCACCAGGGCCCCGUGCAGUAAAUACUGUUAGCCCCAGUGAGAUGCAGAGAGGGUAGGUGAUGGCUCAAGGUUACACAGUGAGUGUGGAGAUUGGAACCAAGCUCCAUGGUUCCCAGUGGUAUCUGAGGCCACGUCACUGUCCCGAGAGGAAGGAACAACUGAGAAUCGCCAAAACUGCGGAUGACAAUAAGUGAAACAUGGUGCGAGCGACGGGCGGGUGAUGGUGGUCGGACCAGAGAGAGCUGCGGGGGCUGGUGGGAAGGGGGCAGUGCUGGGGAGAGGCUGAGGUCACAGCGUGGGUGGGCACUGGGUAGUUACUUAGAGAAAAUAAAUAUGAAAUGGAUUGAAGAAUCCAAACUAGGUGGGGAAGUAGUGUCUGAUUUCUGGAAAUCAAAGAGGAAAAUGAGCAUAUAGAUUUUAUUUCUUCAAAAUGUAAAGAUGCUGUAACCCUAAAACCCCACAUAAAAAAACUAAAAGGGGAAAUACUUACACAAAUGUGACGAUGUUGAAUAUAUGCUUUAGAAACCUGUACCCCAGAAGGCAGAACCCAAGAGGCGUAUGGAAUGGACAGGAGGUGAAGGGGUGCCACCAGGCGGAAGCAGGUGGAGCAAAGAGGGGAGCCCCCGCUGUCUGUCCACCAUCAGCCUCAACGCUUUCAAGUCCACAAACCACUUGCACACACCUGUCCUCAAGAACAAACCCUGCAUCAGGGAAAACAGCACAGCCUUGUUUAGAAUCGUGAAACACUAAAACGGCUGGCAUUCGGGGCCACUGCUGUGCUGAAGCCACAGGCAGCGGGUAAAAGGCUUGCUGCUGGAGGAAGCGAGCUGGGCAGCCUGGUACGUGGUUUUAUGGUACCAAUGCUGAAUGUCUUGGUUGUGGAAACGUGAUUUUGUAGAGUGUAUGUAUAGGGAAAGAGAAAGGGGAAAAGGAAGCAAUAAUGCGAAUGUGUUCAUUGUACUCUUUUUGUGGGUUCAAGUAUUUUAUAAUUCCAGGAGGCACACAAGGGGCAGCAAAAAACAAGGUCCCUAGACAAGCAGCUGGUUGCAGUGAUUGCCUGUAGCAUACAUACACUUUUGGUACCUUUUGAAUUUUGAGCUAUGUAAAUGUAUUAUUUAUUCCAAGAAUAAAUAAAGUUCACAUUGGAAAACA